AGAUCACCGUUAAAAAUGGGCAAAACCAUAAUGUAUUUGUUUUAACUUCCUUUUUAAUUUUAUUAUUCUUUUCUUUUCCUCCGUAAAAAGGCAAAAUUCAAGUCACCUCUCUCUUCUUCAGACAAGAGCAAGUAGUUUGGUUUUCCUUUUCCUACAUUCAAUUUCCCCCAUUUUCAUUUCCCUCAUUUCCACACCAAACAAUCAUUUUCUCUCUCCUCAAUCUCUUGCGAUCUCAACACUUUUCCCCAAUUUCUCCACCAAUUUCUUCCAUUUCCAUACUCUAAUCUGCUCAAACUCAAAGGGAUUCGAUUUUACUAGCUCGAUUCUCUCAUCCCUAAAUUCUAGGGUUUCAUCUCUUAAUUUAACUUUUUUCGAAAACUUGAUUAAUUUGUAUCAUUAAUUUACAGAAACACAGGAUUUUUGUGGUUUAGGUUAGAGGAAAUUUGGUUGAUUUUUUUUUUUGUGUGUGGCAUAAAAUGGAUUCAGAGGAUGACAUGCAUGAUGCGAACGAUGUGGAAUCGCUAGAAGAUUUUUACAGUGGUGACACCGCUAUCGAUUCUGAUGAUGCUGCCGAUGGAGAUUAUGAAUUCAUUGAUAAUGAUUCCGAAGACGAGUAUGAUGAUUUCACUUCUCAUCGUAAUCAGCAAAACUAUACCAUUUUGAGUGAAGCUGAUAUUCGUCAAUGGCAAGAAAAUGACAUUUUGAAGAUAUCAACCGUGCUUUCAAUUUCAAAGAUCGAAGCGAGCAUUCUUUUACGCCACUAUAGUUGGAGUGUCAGUAAAGUAAAUGAUGAAUGGUUUGCUGAUGAAGAGAAGGUCCGCAACACAGUUGGUCUAUUGGAAAGACCUGUUGUCGAAUUCCCAAAUGCAAGAGAAAUGACUUGCGGGAUUUGUUUUGAGGACUUUCCAAGUGAUAUGAUGAGUACAGUUGCGUGUGGCCACCCGUUUUGUAACACAUGUUGGGCUGGUUACUUGGGUACGUCCAUUAAUGAUGGCCCUGGAUGUCUGACAUUGCGAUGUCCUGAUCCAUCAUGUGCUGCUGCUGUGGGUCAGGACAUGAUAAAUAUGCUGGCUUGUGAAGAGGACAAGCAGAAGUAUGCACGCUACUUUCUUCGGUCCUACAUUGAAGACAAUAGGAAGGCCAAAUGGUGCCCUGCUCCUGGCUGCGACUAUGCAGUUGAUUUUGUUGUUGGCAGUGCACACUACGAUGUGUCUUGCCGUUGCUCACAUGGCUUUUGUUGGAGUUGUACUGAAGAAGCUCAUCGACCUGUCGAUUGUGGUACAGUGUGCAAGUGGAUAAUGAAAAAUAGUGCAGAGUCUGAAAACAUGAACUGGAUAUUGGCCAACUCCAAGCCAUGUCCAAAGUGCAAGCGACCCAUUGAGAAAAAUCAAGGAUGUAUGCAUAUCACGUGUACGCCUCCCUGUAAAUUUGAAUUUUGCUGGCUUUGUCUUGGUGCUUGGUCUGAACAUGGUGAGAGGACAGGUGGUUUCUAUGCAUGUAAUCGCUACGAAACCGCAAAGCAGGAAGGAGUGUAUGACGAGACUGAGAAACGUAGAGAGAUGGCGAAGAAUUCUUUAGAGAGAUAUACUCAUUAUUAUGAACGUUGGGCGAGCAACCAAUCGUCUAGACAGAAAGCUCUUCAAGACCUUCAGCAGAUGCAAAGUGUGCAUUUAGAGAAGCUGAGUGACAUACAAUGUCAACCAGAAUCACAACUGAAGUUUAUCAUUGAAGCAUGGACUCAGAUUGUUGAAUGUAGACGUGUCCUAAAAUGGACAUAUGCUUAUGGCUAUUACUUGCCUGAACACGAGCACGCUAAGAGACGGUUUUUCGAGUAUAUGCAGGGAGAAGCAGAGGCUGGUUUGGAGCGACUUCAUCAAUGUGCAGAGAAGGAGCUGCAAGUGUACCUUACUGCAGAAGGCCCAUCAAAAGAAUUCAACGAGUUCCGUACAAAGCUGGCUGGUCUUACAAGCGUAACGAGAAAUUAUUUCGAGAACCUCGUGCGCGCUUUAGAAAAUGGUUUGGCAGACGUGGACUCGCACGGUGCAUGCAGCCGAAGCACGAGUUCCAAAACCCUAGGUGGAAGCAGGAGCAAAAGUGGAAGGGGCAAAGGCACCACCUCAUCAAAAUCUGGUAGUUCCAGUAGGAAUAUUGAUGAUUCAAGCCACUGGUCAUGUGAACAUUGUACAUUUGCUAAUGUUAGAUCCGCUACCAUUUGUCAGAUGUGUCAUAAUAGAAGAUGACCACACCACCACACUCUCCUAUACCAGGACCCCACCCGAAGGUCGCGAAAGACAAAAUUGUUGCGGCCAAAAAACUCGUCGAUGGUAAAGAUCUCUCUUUGCAUCUCACUUGUUUCCCGUCAUUCUGCGCGUAUGUGGUGGUAAACCCGAGUUUCAUAUAGAAAUAACGAAAGUGAUAAUGGUCGGGGGAGGUGCCGUGUAACCGUGUUUGUAUGUUUCAAUAUCAAUUGAGCUGUAUAUAAGUUCCAUAUGUUUGUGUCUACGUUUGGAUCCUAAUCGGGUUCAAUUUAAACACUGUAUUACCUAGCUGUGUCCGUAAUUUGUUCAACGGCCCGAGCCAUUCAGCCAGAUUUGUAACAGCGGAUAAAAUUUGUACAAUAGCAUGUUCCUUUUAAGCCAGGUUAUAGUGGUGGAAAAAAAAAGUACUUGUAACAAGCUGCUUUGACGAUCCUUGUUAGGUCAUUGUCAAUAAAGUUUCUCAUUCUAUCA